CUACCACCACCACUACCAACCACCGCCGCUGUCACUAUUUUUAUCUCAGUCCACUACCUCUCCAAUCACCGAACCCACUAUCUCCUUACGUGGCAUCAUCUCCACCCUCGAUCUCUAUCCAAUUUUACAUCAAUAGCCCCUUUUUCUUGCAUUAAUUGUCAGAUUCACCCCAAAAAGGCACAAACUAUCACUUUCCGGCCCUCACUUACACAAACGUCAUCUGUGUUCUGUCAUUGCUGGCAAAUUACCAAAAAGGUAACCAGAAACCAUUUUUUUUGUUUAUUUAGAAAAAAACACAUUUGGAAUAUACAUACAGAAUUCUGUAACUCUACUAUACAUAGAAGUAGAGUGAGAGAGAGAGAAAUGCUUGCAAUUCCAUUCAUUCGCGUGCACACAGUCACACAGUGAGAUGUAGAUGAAUUCUCAAGCUUGAGAUUUACGCCAUUCGAACCGGAACCUUCGGUUUUUUGAUUCCGAAUUUUUCUGAGUCGCUGAAUUUUCAAUGUCGGAAGUCAACGAGUCAAAGCCAACGUGGGACUGGUUCGCGCCGGGAGGAGGAGAUGCUGCCGGACAUCCGCGAUCACGGAAUUCUGCGGCGGCGGCGGUGGAGGACGACUGGAAGUAUCACGCCGUGGAAUUCGCCAAGGGAUUCGCGGAGAUGAGCGUGGAGUUCGGGAAGGGAGUGAGGGAUGUGGUGAAGCAGAGCAUUUUCAGGGAGGAUUCUGUCAUUGUCCAGAAGCUGAAGGGACCGUGUGGGCUAGUCUGUAGGAAAUUGAGGUUCUUGAAUGAGUACUUGCCUGAGGAUCGUGAUCCUGUUCAUUCCUGGACUGCCAUUCUUCUCGUUUUGCUUCUAGCAUUUACCGUAUUGAUUGUAAAUACUGAUAGUGAAAGUACUGCUACAUUGGUAAAGAAAAUGUGUAUGCAUCCUCCAAGUGCAACUCGUAUAUUGCUUCCAGAUGUUAGACAUUUGGCUUACAAGGAGCAAGGAAUGCCUGCUGAUCGAGCUAGAUUUUCCAUCAUUGCGCCACAUUCUUUUCUUUCUUCUAGAUUGGCAGGAAUACCUGGAAUUAGAGAUUCAAUUCUUCAAGAAUUUGGUAUUCGCCUGGUGACGUACGACCUUCCAGGCUUCGGGGAGAGCGAUCCUCACCAUGAUAGGAACCUUGAGUCAUCGGCUAUGGAUAUGUUACACUUAUCAUACUCAGUAAAUAUCACUGGAAAGUUCUGGGUAUUGGGAUUUUCUGGUGCAAGCAUGCAUGCUUGGGCUGCCCUCCGGUACAUUCCUGACAGAAUAGCAGGCGCCAUCUUCAUUGCUCCAAUGGUUAAUCCUUAUGAACCUUGUAUGACCAAGGAAGAGCAACGUAGAACGUGGGCAAAGUGGACAACAAAGAAGAGGCUUAUGUACACGCUUGCUAAAAAGUUUCCAAGCUUACUCCCGUACUUCUAUCAUAGAAGCUUCCUGUCCGGGAAACAUGGUCAGAUUGACAAGUGGCUUUCUCUGUCACUAGGAAAUAGGGAUAAGGCUCUGGUAGAGCAUCCACUGUUUGAAGAGUUCUGGCAGAGAGAUGUGGAAGAAUCAGUUAGACAAGGAAAUGCUGGUCCAUUUGUUCAGGAAGCUGUCUUACAGGUUUCCAAUUGGGGUUUCAAACUUGCUGACCUCAAAGUAAGAAAGAAAAACAAAGGCAAAGGGUUUCUGGUCUGGCUGAAAUCCAUGUUCCGUCAAGACGAAGAACUCUUGAAUGGGUUUGUUGGUCCAAUUCACGUGUGGCAGGGAAUGGAUGAUAGAGUUGUCCCCCCAUCGAUGAGUGAUUUUGUGCAGCGAGUUCUGCCAGAUGCCAUGGUGCACAAGCUCCUAUACGAGGGACACUUCACUUAUUUCUGUUUCUGUGGUGAAUGUCACAGGCAGAUUUUUAGUACUGUUUAUGGUGCCCCUCAAGGUCCUCUGGCUCCAACAGUGGAUCAUAUUACCGCCAAAGGAAUUGCUGAAGAUAUUGAAGCAGAAAACACAGAAAUAGUUGAUGAAGUUCCUGUUCCGGCAGAGAUCAUUGAACCAACAGAGAGUGCUCUCGAGAAUGAGCUGACAAAUCUGGUUCAGGAUUAGUAACACAGCCAGAACCUGCAGUUUGCCAAAGCCACACGGCUUCGCUUUUGGACCCUGAAAAAAUACUGUGGAAGAUUCAGAGGUGGUAACCAUUCACGUACAUAACUACAAAAAGUAUUUGCUGCAAAUAUCAGGUAAUACAGAUAACAGUAUGAAUUACAGAACAUUAUUUUGAAGCAGCUGCUUAUGGCUUUUAACAAAACCAGCUGCCAAUAGCUAAAGAGGAGGAUGACAAUUGGGGAAAUAGACUCAUUUAUACAAAAAUGUAUCCAGCAAUGACUGCUUCAUAGAUUAAACAUCUGCUUCGAAUUCUUAACUUCUACAACUUCUGGUUGCUCCUUAAGAGUAAUUCUAUACCAUCGAUGAUAUCUUGUUAAUUUAUAGGAUACGAUGCUUAUGUGUCCUUCUUCAUCCUAGAUGUCGGAACAGAAAUGCGAUACUUUUGUACUAUCUCGUAAAAUAAAAUAAACUAGAAUUCGUCCCCUCUCCACUCUUGAAAU